AUAAAAAUAAUAAAAAGGAUAGAAUUGUAUUGAAUAGGCGUCAAAGAGCAAAUACAUAAGUCUGUGACUAAUUUAUAGACAUCUGUGCUGUCAUGUCAAGUGUCAAAGAGGUUACUGUACUGUUGUAUUGACAUUUUGUUUUCAAAAUAUUCAAAACAUCAGUCCGCUCCCGAGACAUUAUUUUAUAUUAUCACAGUAUAAUUUGCUAAUACGAGUAAACGCUUUAUUUUUACUGAAACGAUGGAAUUAGGCGGUGAAAAUGUAGAUUUUACAAAAUUAAUAAAUGUCAAAGGUAAUAUUGAAAAUAUUACACCUCAUAAAAUAGCAGUAGUAGCUUUUAUACGAGAAUACGGUCUACUAAAAAUUGAAGCAAACAAAAUGAUGGAUUGUACUGUGGCACCAAAAUAUAGAAAGGACUUCUGUAUGCUGGCUCUUAAACUGAUUCAGUGCCCAGAUAUGGAAUUUAAGGAGUUAGAGGCUUUGCUAACAGAUGGUCGUUAUAAUUUGCUUAGUGUUCAUCUGCAGAACUUUUGUGUUAGACUCCAGAAUAUUUAUGUAAAUGGAGUUAGUGCUCUUACGGACUGUGUGACCUCAACAAUAGACAAGCUGAUGAUUGAAUCUAAUCCAUGUAUUAUGGCCAGAUACAGUGUAUUAGGAUUGUAUUUAAGAAGAAUAUUACUUCAUCUAGAUAAGCUAACUUUUGUGCAAGUUGUGUCACUUUACAAGUCAUUCUGCCUUUAUUACCAGAGGGGCAGGCCUGGUCUUAUGAUGAGAUCAUUAAGUAAAGAGAAACUAAACAACAUGGAUCAGCAGGCCACAACCACAUCUCCCGUUAUACCCGAGGAAUCAAAACCUUUGGAGCUGUCAAUGCGAAUGAAUAUAAUAGACAGAGACAAUUUUGAAGAAUGCCAAUGGUCAAGAAAGCAAGCAGAAUUGUUUACAGCACAACAAGCAAAUUUAUUACAAAUAAACGAAAAGAAGGCAAUGCCACCUAGACAGUUACAGAAAACAAUUCUACAAAUAAUGAAUGAUAUACCAGAAUAUGCAGAUAUUCAUUUCCUCAGUUUUUUAAACUGCAUUCGUACAAAGGAGUUCAGUGGUGCUCAGGACUCUCUAUACAAUUUUUUCGACCGUACCAUCUUACUAUCAGGCAAUAACACUGGCAUCGAUAGGAAUAAGAACUUCCGUUAUGCGGCAUUGAAUAGAGCCGCAAUGCACACUCAUUUCGGUCACCGAUCUGUGGCGAUGGAAGCAGUGCGUGAGGCUCUAGCUCGCGCGCAGGAGGCUGCGGACUACGCGUGCCUGGUGGGCGCGGCCACGUGGGGCGCGCUGGCGGGCGGGCGCGCGCGCCGGGCCGCGCUGUUGACGCGCGCGCCCCGCGACCCGCCGCCGGGCACGCCGGCCGCGCCGCUAGCCGCGCCGGCCGCCGCCGCUCCUUCGCAUCCGCGCUAUACGGCCGCUGCCGCACAGCUACUGGCUCAACACGCUGCCGUUAACGGGGCCAAGCCUGCAUACAUUUUUCAGCAGCACGCGCCGCCCGCGCCGCCCGCGCGCCUGCACGCCGAGCGCGCGCUGCACAAGGGCAAAUGGGAGGAAGCAGAACAAAGUAUAAGACAGUUGGCGUCGUCCAACAGAUGGGAGAGUCAGCUCCUUAAAGCGGAGAUGUAUUAUCUGAAAGGGGACGCGACCGAAGCGUUGGAGUCUCUGUAUGACAUCCUCGACUUCUGCAAGACUGAGGAUGACAGUUUACACUAUAUAUCACUGCGAGUGAAAGCUUUGAUAUUGAUGUCUCAAGUCCAACAUUCAUUCAGUAAUAUACAAUCCACAAAUAUAAUGCAACUCAAUGAAGCCCUGUGGCUUGCAAAAGAAUAUCAUUUACAUUAUUUAGCUGCAUCAGCUGAAAUGCAUUUAGCUAAUGUCCAGCUAAGUAUGGGAUGUGCAAAAAAUGCUUUAUCUCUUGUGAGGAAGGCUUUGCCUACUAUAAUGGCAGACGGUGGUGCAUAUGAUAUGGGUAGAGCCAUGUUGUUGUACACGAAGUGUCGGAUUGCGACCGCAGCUCCAUGCGGAGAGGCUCGGAUGCAAGUAUUGCAGUCGUGUUGUGAAGCUUUAGAAAAUGUUAAAAAGAAUUUUACUAAAGUCGGCGCGCAUCUCAGACUACUUCAAACAUGGUAUUUACAAGCACAGCUGUACCAUGACAUUGGUAACCACGCCGCAAGAAAUCAAUGUGCUUGGAUGUACAGGCAAUUAGAAUUACAAAAUUCUGUAGAACCGUCAAAUUUAUUGCUUGUAAUGUAUUAAAUGCACUAAUAAGCAA